CGAUGAUUGAGUCCAUUAAGCACCGAUUUGGGUGGAUUUAUUCCGGUUCAAUUUUUGGCAGAUUCCAAAGGGGUACCAUCACAGAUUUCGGGCGAUAUAUCCGAAAUGUCAUUUUCUUUCGAUUCUGGAGGUUACAGAUCACGGAAUCAGGUCGAGGCUAUUCUCCACCGAUAAUGAAGUCUAUUGAUCCUAUUCUCCACGAAUGAUAAGUCCGUUAAGCAUUGAUUUGGGCCAAUUUAUUUUCGGAUGACAUUUUCAUAAUUUCUUGAGCGACGAAAGGCCAUUAUCUUUGGAUAUUGAAGGCUACAGAUCACGGAUUCUGCCUGAGGCUAUUCUCCAACGAUAAUUGAGUCCAUUAACCACCGAUUUCGGCGGAAUUAUUCCGUGUCAAUUUUUGGCAGAUUCCAAAGGGGUACUAUCACAGAUUUCGGGCGAUUUAUCUGAAAUGCCAUUUUCUUUUGAUUCUGGAGGCUACAGAUCACGGAAUCAGGCCGAGGCUAUUCUCCACCAAUAAUGAAGUCUAUUGAUCCUAUUCUCCACGAAUGAUAAGUCCGUUAAGUAUCGAUUUGGGCAUAUUUAUUUUCGGAUGGCAUUUUCGUAAUUUCUUGGGCGACGAAAGGCCAUUUUCUUUGGAUAUUGAAGGCUACAGAUCACGGAUUCGGCCUGAGGCUAUUCUCCAACGAUGAUUGAGUCCAUUAAGCACCGACUUCGGAGGAUUUUUUCCGUGUCAAUUUUUGGCAGAUUCCAAAGGGGUACUAUCACAGAUUUCAGGCGAUUUAUCCGAAAUGCCAUUUUCUUUCGAUUCUGGAGGCUACAGAUCACGGAAUCCGGCCGAGGCUAUUCUCCACCGAUAAUGAAGUCUAUUGAUCCUAUUCUCCACGAAUGAUAAGUCAGUUAAGCAUCGAUUUGGGCCAAUUUAUUUUCGGAUGGCAUUUUCGUAAUUUCUUGGGCGACGAAAGGCCAUUUUCUUUGGAUAUUGAAAGCUACAGAUCACGGAUUCGGCCUGAGGUUAUUCUCCAACGAUGAUUGAGUCCAUUAAGCACCGAUUUGGAAGGAUUUUUUCUAGUUCAAUUUUUGGCAGAUUCCAAAGGGGUACCAUCACAGAUUUCUGGCGAUUUAUCCGAAAUGCCAUUUUCUUUCGAUUCUGGAGGCUACAGAUCACGGAAUCAGGCCGAGGCUAUUCUCCACCGAUAAUGAAGUCUAUUGAUCCUAUUCUCCACGAAUGAUAAGUCCGUUAAGCAUCGAUUUGGGCCAAUUUAUUUUCGGAUGGCAUUUUCGUAAUUUUUUGGGCGACGAAAGGCCAUUUUCUUUGGAUAUUGAAGUCUACAGAUCACGGAUUCGGCCUGAGGCUAUUCUCCAACGAUGAUUGAGUCCAUUAAGCACCGAUUUGGGCGGAUUUAUUCCGGGUCAAUUUUUGGCAGAUUCCAAAGGGGUACCAUCACAGAUUUCGGGCGAUUUAUCCGAAAUGUCAUUUUCUAUCGAUUCUGGAGGCUACAGAUCACGGAAUCAGGCCGAGGCUAUUCUCCACCGAUAAUGAAGUCUAUUGAUCCUAUUCUCCACGAAUGAUAAGUCCGUUAAGCAUCGAUUUGGGCCAAUUUAUUCUCGGAUUGCAUUUUCGUAAUUUCUUGGGCGACGAAAGGCCAUUUUCUUUGGAUAUUGAAGGCUACAGAUCACGGAUUCGGCCUGAGGCUAUUCUCCAACGAUGAUUGAGUCCAUUAAGCACCGAUUUGGGUGGAUUUAUUCCGGUUCAAUUUUUGGCAGAUUCCUAAGGGAUACCAUCAUAGAUUUCGGGCAAUAUAUCCGAAAUGCCAUUUUCUUUCGAUUCUGGAGGCUACAGAUCACGGAAUCAGGCCGAGGCUACUCUCCACCGAUAAUGAAGUCUAUUGAUCCUAUUCUCCACGAAUGAUAAGUUCGUUAAGCAUAGAUUUGGGCCAAUUUAUUUUCGGAUGGCAUUUUCGUAAUUUCUUGGGCGACGAAAGGCCAUUUUCUUUGGAUAUUGAAGGCUACAGAUCACGGAUUUGGCCUGAGGCUAUUCUCCAACGAUGAUUGAUUCCAUUAAGCACCGAUUUGGGCGGAUUUAUUCUGGGUCAAUUUUUGGCAGAUUCCAAAGGGGUACCAUCACAGAUUUCGGGCGAUUUAUCCGAAAUGCCAUUUUCUUUUGAUUCUAGAGGCUACAGAUCACGGAAUCAGGCCGAGGCUAUUAUCCACCGAUAAUGAAGUCUAUUGAUCCUAUUAUCCACGAAUGAUAAGUCCGUUAAGCAUCGAUUUGGACCAAUUUAUUUUCGGAUGGCAUUUUCGUAAUUUCUUGGGCGACGAAAGGCCAUUUUCUUUGGAUAUUGAAGGCUACAGAUCUCGGAUUCGGCCUGAGGAUAUUCUCCACCGAUAAUGAAGUCUAUUGAUCCUAUUCUCCACGAAUGAUAAGUCCGUUAAGCAUCGAUUUGGACCAAUUUAUUUUCGGAUGGCAUUUUCGUAAUUUCUUGGGCGACGAAAGGCCAUUUUCUUUGGAUAUUGAAGGCUACAGAUCACGGAUUCGGCCUGAGGCUAUUCUCCAACGAUGAUUGAGUCCAUUAAGCACCAAUUUGGGCGGAUUUAUUCCGGGUCAAUUUGUGGCAGUUUCCAAAGGGGUACCAUCACAGAUUUCGGGCGAUUUAUCCGAAAUGUCAUUUUCUAUCGAUUCUGGAGGCUACAGAUCACGAAAUCAGGCCGAGGCUAUUCUCCACCGAUUAUGAAGUCUAUUGAUCCUAUUCUCCACGAAUGAUAAGUCCGUUAAGGAUCGAUUUGGGCCAAUUUAUUUUCGGUUGACAUUUUCGUAAUUUCUUUUGCGACGAAAGGCCAUUUUCUUUGGAUAUUGAAGGCUACAGAUCACAGAUUCGGCCUGAGGCUAUUCUCCAACGAUGAUUGAGUCCAUUAAGCACCGAUUUGGGAGGAUUUAUUCCGAUUCAAUUUUUGGCAGUUUCCAAAGGGGUACCAUCACAGAUUUCGGGCGAUUUAUCCGAAAUGCCAUUUUCUGUCGAUUCUGGAGGCUACUGAUCACGAAAUCAGGCCGAGAAUAUUCUCCACCGAUAAUGAAGUCUAUUGAUCCUAUUCUCCAAGAAUGAUAAGUUUGUUAAGCAUCGAUUUGGGCCAAUUUAUUUUCGGUUGACAUUUUCGUAAUUUCUUUUGCGACGAAAGGCCAUUUUCUUUGGAUAUUGAAGGCUACAGAUCACAGAUUCGGCCUGAGGCUAUUCUCCAACGAUGAUUGAGUCCAUUAAGCACCGAUUUGGGCGGAUUUAUUCCGGGUCAAUUUUUGGCAGUUUCCAAAGGGGUACCAUCACAGAUUUCGGGCGAUUUAUCCGAAAUGCCAUUUUCUGUCGAUUCUAGAGGCUACUGAUCACGGAAUCAGGCCGAGGCUAUUCUCCAUCGAUAAUGAAGUCUAUUGAUCCUAUUCUCCACGAAUGAUAAGUCCGUUAAGCAUCGAUUUGGGCCAAUUUAUUUUCGGAUGGCAUUUUCGUAAUUUCUUGGCCGACGAAAGGCCAUUUUCUUUGGAUAUUGAAGGCUACAGAUCACGGAUUCGGCCUGCGGCUAUUCUCCAACGAUGAUUGAGUCCGUUAAGCGCCGAUUUGGGCGGAUUUAUUCCAGGACAAUUUUUGGCAGAUUCCAAAGGGGUACCAUCACAGAUUUCGGGCGAUUUAUCCAAAAUGCCAUUUUCUCUCGAUUCUGGAGGCUACAGAUCACGGAAUCAGGCCGAGGCUAUUCUCCACCGAUAAUGAAGUCUAUUGAUCCUA